CACGUGAAUAUCGAGAAAUUGCGAGUGAAUACAGAUUGCGCAUGCGCGGACCACUUUAGUAGUUUGUCCUCCGGCAACGUGACUGAGCUUUGUUAGCAGCUCUUUGCCACGUGCUUAACAAUCUUUGCUUAACGUGCUCUUCGCCACGUGCUUAACAAUCUCUGGUAAACAUAAGCGGAGCGGAGUUCAUAAGUGGAUCAGCGUUCCGCACCGGCGUAAGUGGACCAGAAGUCAGCACGAUUCUUCGAACACGGUUGGCACUGCAGGACCUCGCGGAACCGUUCCAUAAUCGACCAUGAGUACCACGGAGGCAAUGGCCGACGAUAUCAGCGAGUUCGGGGAUCCGUACGAGCUCGUCGAGGCUGAGGAGCUGGUCAUGCUGAAACUGGAGGCGCCGUUACCACCGGGCCGCUCCGUUCCGAAGGCCUUCGCCGUUAGCAGUGACCGUUCGAUGCUUACGACGGACUACAUAGGUUUCGUCAACAAUCGCGGCUUCCUGGUCAAGUAUUCGUAUCCGAGAGCGCUGUUUGCCGGAUGUCGAGACUUCAAGGGCGGCAAAGGAUUUCUCGCCACUGCGCGGGACGUUCUCUGCAAGACUCACACACUGGUCAUCGUACACAAUAGGGACGCUGUGGUGGACUUAGCGGCUUGGUUUCCCGGUGUGCUCGCCCUCGUCCUCUUCCACAACCUCAACUGUCAGCGCACGGAGAAGGCGCACAUGCAAGGCAACAGACCCAUUUCGCGUAUGAAUAGACUAUGCGGCACCACGCCCGGCCUAGGCGCUGAGGAGCUCUUCCUGAGCCCAUUUGCGCUAACGACACUUUUUGCCUUCUGUCCUGACAUUUCCCAUGUGCAGGCUCCCAUGGAGUACAUUGUCAAAAUGGCCGGACAGGUGAAGGCUGAAGGAUUGCGCCAGCUGCCCUUGCUAGAGAGCUGUCGGGAGUUGACACUUGGCCGACUCACGCGUAUAGUGGACGGCAGGUACGUCACGAUGAGCGAAGUGGACGAGAACACCAUGAAGAUGGCGAUCGAGCAGUACCCGGAUAUUGAGCAGCUACAGGUGGCUGCGAUGAAACCCAACGCCAUUCCCCUGAUCGCCAGGUUUACACGGCUCAGGCGCCUACACCUGAUGUCCUACAGUGACGGCCGUGACGAGCUGUGCCGUUUCGACCGGUUAAUCAAGCUCUUGGAAGAACUGCGACUCACCCACCUGAAGUUGAUGUGCUUCAUGGACGUGAGCCUCCUGAAAAUCUCCGAGGCCUGCAAGAACCUCGAGAGUCUGUCCCUCACGGAAUGUGCAGUGAGCGACGAGAACGUUCCACGCGACGCAUUCCUGAAGCUCAAGUCGCUCGCUUUGGCCGACGGCAUCAAAGAGAAGCCAUUCUUCAGCCUGCUACGGGCGGCUCGCGGCUUGACAGAGUUGCGAUUGGAGAACCGUUGGACGGUGAUGAUGUUUGUGGGCGGGCCGUUGAACUCGCCCAGGCAGCGACACGAAUUCCUGCGGUCUCUCACCCUGGGUACCGACCUUGCAGUGACGAGGCUUCAGGUGUCAAUCGCGGACUUGCACGCGAUGAUGCAGUCGACGCCGGCCUUAGUGACGUUGCGCACGGACAGCUACGACAUCAGACUAUUCGUGGGACACUUCCAUCCGCGGGUCAGACUGACCUGGACAGCAUGCACAGUAUGUGCCGCCGAGUUUCCCAAGAUGGAUGCCGAGCAGGCGGAAAUGUGGAGAGACGUGUACAUUGGAGACCUUUUAAAAGGGAACUGUAAAGGGCAUCGCAACGGCUAGAUGUGCUUGGCCUCGCCUUCAUUGAAUGACGAACUGUGCAGUGCUGGGAGAUUGAAACUCGGGUACGUGGUAGCUGUCAGGGAGGGCGACGAGGAGGGCGAUAGCGUUCGUGACACACGGUGACGGCAUCUUGUAGACAGUCGUUCAAUCUGUAGUUCCUGGUGGCGCCGGCUGAGCGCUGCUUGCCUUGGCUUCAAAACACUGCGCUCGCAGCUGGGGCUGGUGGGCGUGCGUUGCGAAGAAUUGCAGCGCUCUGCCAGUGACACCGAGAACCACAGAUUGAACGGCUGCAUAACGGCUGCAGUGACCAUGCGACACGAAAGCUCUUGCCCACACUGUUACCCUCACAGCCAGCAGCCACACGCUGCAAGUAUCACGUUUCAAUUGUUAAUCACUGCACGGUGAAAGCUUUCUUCCUAGAGGCAUAGGGGGUGAUAGCGGUGCUGUGUGCCGUUCGCCGCUUUUUUUCCUGCCAUGUGUUUCUGGCUGUAUGCAUUGAACUGUGCGAAUUCGUGUGUGACGUGGGUUUGCUUUUCGAAAUUCGCCUUCUUAGUGGGGUAUCGUUUCCUAUCUUUAAACGCAAGAUAGAUUCUUUAUGAAAUACCGGAACACAGGCAGAUAGGCACAGUAGCACUGGAGGCGUUAUCUUGCAACUCUUGUCGAGUCCGUUGUACAGAGAAGAAAGGGGGCGGGUGUGGUUCAAAAGUUUGCAGGCCGCUAUCUCAUGUAUUCACAUAGCAGCGUGGUCUGCGAACUUUUAACCACCCCUGUACAUUAGUAACAUCAUUAUUCUAGGAUUUUCGUUACUCCGCGCUUAUAGACAGCAAGUUGGUAGAAUGUAGCUCUGGCAAUUGUAGCUCCGUGUGCUCUGCUUGUCGUCCGUGUCAAGAGAUGGCGGCAGUGGCGCUGCUUUGCACAUCUGCGUCAUGUGUUCGUGCAUUCCCCAAAAUGCGAUAAGUUUACAAAAAAAAGCUGCAACUAUAAAAACUGUAAGGAUUUCUGUGACCCACUGGUAUUUUUUCAUCCUGAAAUGGCGUAAGUCUUGCAGACACUGACACAAGGCUGGAAGAAAUGAACAACGCGAACGCCCAGUAUCAACUUAAAUGUAGCACUGCGGUGGAAAAGAAGGUAGAAAAACAUUUACCUGCUCAUGUUCAAGCUUUGCGUGCACCCUAGUUUACGCCACAGUGCUACUUUUCAGUUGACAGCCGGUGUUCUCUGUUUCCAUGGUGCGUCCAUGUCUGCAAGGCCUAUUGUCUGUUGCGGUGAAUGCUUACCAAUUAGGCCAACUUUCUGCUCUGCUGAGAUCUUGUAAUUUUUGAUGAGUACGCUUUGUGAGGUUUGUCUAUGGUGAUAACUUCAUUGGACAAAGACACCCGCAGAGGCAACAUUCUGGAAGGAGAAGGAAGGCUGGUGACCUGUGCUGCGUGUGGAGCUCAGUCUUUAGCGCUUCCACUGUAAUGGUAGUUCUGCAGCGAACCGCCAUCCCUAAACAGGAGUAUAAUAGAGAUGACCCGGCCAUUCGUUGUGCCAAGUGUUCUGUCAAUGACGAUGCGAGAUAUCUCAUUUGCAUAAUCAACAACGUGAAAUACUCAGAGGCAUAUCGCUCCGAUAAGACAUAAGGACAUACUAAUGGGGGCAUGAGAUAAUGAGGUGUCUUGUCUUGGUGUGGUGCGGUAAUAAAAGAUAUAGUUGGACAAAAUAUGUGAUAUUAAGGCGAAUGCCUUAGGUUUCUCAUCAAGCCCGAAAAUUGACCGUCAGCGUCUUG